UAGUCAUGGAGAAGCGUCCUCUGUGUUGCCCCGGUGACCGGCUUGUUUGGAUGGGAGAGACCUGAACAACGGAGGACAGGAGAGGACCCAUCAUCGUGCUAUACCGGACUUUAAAAUUUUACAAUGGCGAAGCUGGUCCAGCUCCCACCAAAGUUCCUUCCUAAAGAGUGGAGUAUUACUAACCAGAUGCGCUUUGCCAACGCAGAAGCUCAAAGGUCCCGAUCUGAGAGGCUGGUUGCUGAAAGUGAGAGACUGGUUGAUGAAAUUGAAAAGACAACACAGAAAACUCAAAAGGAUGUCAACAAGAAGCUAGAGCAGAGAUUGGACGACAUCCAGUUUUGGAAGAAAGAAUUAGAUAACGAGCUUGAAGACACAGUUAAUGACCUAGAACAGCUGCUGGCUUAUAAAAUUCGCCUGGAAAAAGCCUUACAGAGCUGUAUGGAGCCUUUGUCCAUAGCCCAGCAAUGCUUAGUGGAAAGAGAGAAGAGAGUUGGGAUAGACCUGGUUCAUGAUGAAGUAGAAAGAGAACUCAUCAAGGAAGUGGAGGUGAUCCAAGGGGUGGUGGCAUUACUGCAGAGGACUUUAGAACAAAUCACAGAGCAGAUACGGCUGAGCCGAUCCGCUAAGUACUUCCUGGAAAAGGACCUGAAAGACAAGUUCCAGGCUUUGAAAAUUGAUAAUCAUUGCAGGACAUUCACAAACAACACUCCCGCCAUCGGAUAUGCUUCCAAUGUUGUGACAGUCCAGAGCUCAGUCAACCCAAUUGAAUGGGAGGAAUUCAGCAACACAAACAUUGUGAAAGCAGAGAAGCAGAAAAAUAGCUCCGUAGCACUUCGGACCCUUAUUGACAGCAUCUUGUCUGAAACAGCCAGCGAUAUGCGCAAACAGUGUGAUACUGUCAACGUUGCCCUGAAAAACCGCGUCGCAGAGACAAAGGAUGCAAAAAAUAAGUUGGAAGUGCACUUAGCUAAGGUUAUGGAUGAGAUCACUUCACAGGAGAAGAACAUAGAAAGCCUGAAGAAAGCCAUCGCUGAUAAGGAAGGUCCAAUCAAAGUGGCUCAGACCCGCCUGGAGACAAGAACACUGAGGCCUAAUGUAGAGCUCUGCCGAGACCCUGUACAGUACAGACUCGUCAGUGAGGUUCAGGAGAUUUCCACAAAUGUUGAAAGACUACGUGAAACUUUGAGCCAAGCAGAAGCUGAAUUAAAAGGCUUGAUCCGUAACCAACUAUCUUUAGAAGAAGAAAUUCAGGUUAAAGAAAAUACCCUGUACAUUGAUGAAGUGAUAUGUAUGCAGAUGAGAGAAGCUAUAUCGAUCAACAAUUUCUAAUGUUUGUUUUGGCGGUAAUUUUUCAACAUACAAACCUAAAAUAAAAUAUUCUUGUGCUGUG